AUGGCACCUCCAAGUGAGGAGACACCCCUGAUUUCUCAGCGCUCCUGCAGCCUCUCCUCUUCAGAGGCUGGUGCCCUGCACGUGCUGUUGCCCCCUCGGGGCCCUGGACCCCCACAGUGCCUGUCCUUCUCCUUUGGGGACCACUCAGCUGAAGACCUGUGUAUUUGCGCUGCUAAGGCCAGUGGCAUCCUGCCGGUGUACCACUCCCUCUUUGCUCUGGCUUUGGAAGACCUGUCCUGCUGGUUCCCCCCAAGCCACAUCUUCUCCGUGGAGGACACGGGUACCCAGGUCCUUGUCUACAGGCUCCGCUUUUAUUUUCCCAACUGGUUUGGACUAGAGAAGUGCCACCGAUAUGGGCUACGAAAGGACUUGGCCAGUGCCAUCUUGGAUCUGCCAGUCCUGGAGCACCUCUUUGCUCAGCACCGCCAUGACCUGGUGAGCGGCCGCCUCUCGGUAGGCCUCAGCCUCAAGGAACAGGGUGAGUGCCUCAGCUUGGCUGUUCUGGACCUGGCCCGGAUGGCCCUCGAGCAGGCUCAGCGGCCCGAGGAGUUGCUGAAGACGGUCAGCUACAAGGUCUGCCUGCCCCCUGGCCUGCGCGACCUCAUCCAGAGCCUGAGCUUCGUGACUCGGAGGCGCAUCCGAAGGACGGUGCGCCGGGCCUUGCGACGCGUGGCGGCCUGCCAGGCUGACAGGCACUCGCUCAUGGUCAAGUACAUCAUGGACCUCGAGCGGUUGGAUCCAGACAGGGCCGCCGAGACCUUCCGCGUGGGUCUCCCCGGCGCUGCCGGUGGGCAGGAUACGCCGGGGCUGCUCCGAGUGGCUGGCGGCACUGGCAUCGCCUGGAGCCCAGGAGAACUCGAGGUCCUCCAGCCCUUCUGCGACUUUCCAGAAAUCGUGGAUAUCAGCAUCAAGCAGGCGCCGUGCAUUGGCCCGGCUGCGGAGCAUCGCCUGGUCACCAUCACCAGGACAGACAAUCAGAUCCUGGAGGCCGAGUUCCCGGGGCUUCCCGCAGCGCUGUCCUUCGUGGCGCUCGUGGAUGGCUACUUCCGGCUGACCACGGACUCGCGGCACUACUUCUGCAAGGAGGUGGCGCCGCCGCGGCUGCUGGAGGAGGUGGCUGAGCAGUGCCACGGCCCCAUCACCCUGGAUUUUGCCAUCAACAAACUCAAAACUGGGGGCUCGCUUCCCGGCUCCUACGUCCUCCGCCGCAGUCCCCAGGAUUUCGACAGCUACCUCCUAACUGUUUGUGUCCUGACCCCCCUGGGCCCGGAUUAUAAGGGCUGCCUCAUCCGGUGCGACCCCACAGGAACAUUCUCCCUGGCUGGCCUUGGCCGUCCCCACAGCAGUCUUCGCGAGCUCCUGGCAGCCUGUUGGAACGGUGGGUUGCACGUGGAUGGGGUUGAGCUGUACCUCACCUUCUGUUGCAACCCCAGACCUAAAGAGAAGUCCAAUCUGAUUGUGGUCCGGAGAGGCUGCAACCCACCCACAUCAUCCCCUGUUCAGCCCCAAUUCCAAUGCCAGCUGAGUCAGAUGACGUUUCACAAGAUCCCUGCUGACAGCCUGCAGUGGCAUGAGAACCUAGGUCACGGGUCCUUCACCAAGAUUUAUCGGGGCUGUCACCAUGAGAUUGUGGAUGGGGAGGCCCGAGAGACAGAGGUGCUGCUCAAAGUGAUGGAUGCCAAGCACAAGAAUUGCAUGGAGUCAUUCCUGGAAGCAGCAAGCUUGAUGAGCCAAGUGUCAUACCAGCAUCUCAUAUUGCUCCAUGGCGUGUGCAUGGCUGGAGACAGUAUCAUGGUUCAGGAAUUUGUACGCCUGGGAGCGCUGGACACGUAUCUACGCAAGUGUGGCCACCUAGUGCCAGCCAGCUGGAAGCUACAGGUGAUCAAACAGCUGGCCUAUGCCCUCAACUACCUGGAGGACAAAGGUCUCCGUCAUGGCAACGUCUCAGCCCGGAAGGUGCUCUUGGCUCGUGAGGGGGCUGAUGGGAACCUGCCUUUCAUCAAGCUGAGUGACCCGGGUGUCAGCCCCACUGUGCUGAGCCUGGAGAUGCUCACCGACAGGAUCCCCUGGGUGGCUCCUGAAUGCCUCCAGGAGGCCCGGACGCUUGGCUUGGAGGCUGACAAGUGGGGCUUUGGAGCCACGGUCUGGGAGGUCUUCAGUGGCGUCACCGUGCCCAUCAGUGCCCUGGAACCCGCCAAGAAGCUCCAGUUUUACCAGGAACGGCAGCAGUUGCCUGCCCCCAAGUGGAUGGAGCUGGCCCUGCUGAUCCAACAGUGCAUGGCCUAUGAGCCAGGCCAGAGGCCUUCUUUCCGCGCUGUCAUCCGUGACCUGAACAGCCUCAUCACUUCAGAUUAUGAGCUCCUCUCAGACCCCACACCUGGCACCCUGGCGCCCCGUGAUGGGCUCUGGAAUGGCACCCAGCUCUAUGCGUGCCAGGACCCUACCAUCUUUGAGGAGAGACACCUCAAGUACAUCUCACAGCUGGGCAAGGGCAACUUCGGCAGCGUGGAGCUGUGCCGCUAUGACCCGCUGGGCGACAACACAGGGGCCCUGGUGGCCGUGAAGCAGCUGCAGCACAGCGGGCCAGAACAACAGAGGGACUUCCAGCGGGAGAUCCAGAUCCUCAAAGCCCUCCACAGCGACUUCAUCGUCAGGUACCGGGGUGUCAGCUAUGGCCCAGGCCGCCAGAGCCUGCGGUUGGUCAUGGAAUAUCUGCCCAGCGGCUGCUUGCGCGACUUCCUGCAGCGGCACCGCACCCGCCUUGACGCUGCCCGCCUGCUCCUCUACGCCUCCCAGAUCUGCAAGGGCAUGGAAUACCUGGGCUCCUGCCGCUGCGUGCACCGCGACCUGGCGGCCCGGAACAUCCUGGUGGAAAGCGAGACGCACGUCAAGAUCGCCGACUUCGGCCUCGCCAAGCUGCUGCCUCUCGACAAAGACUACUACGUGGUCCGCGAGCCAGGCCAGAGCCCCAUCUUCUGGUACGCCCCCGAGUCCCUCUCGGACAACAUCUUCUCGCGCCAGUCGGAUGUCUGGAGCUUCGGGGUCGUCCUGUACGAGCUCUUCACCUACAGUGACAAGAACUGCAGCCCCUCAGCCGAGUUCCUGCGGAUGAUGGGGUGUGAGAGAGAUGUUCCAGCCCUAUGCCGCCUCCUGGAGCUGCUGGCCGAGGGCCAGAGGCUGCCCGCACCUCCUGCCUGUCCUAGUGAGGUUCAUGAGCUCAUGAAGCUGUGCUGGGCCCCUAACCCUCAAGACCGGCCAUCCUUCAGUGCCCUGGGUCCCCAGCUGGAUGCACUGUGGAGUGGAACCCGGGGAUAG